AUGACACAGUGCCUCGACAUAAUACGUUCCCAAAACGUUUCCAAACUGUUGGAGUGGUUGGUUGAGGAUGACAGCUGCCGGUGGAUCGAACUUAUGAGCACAUUAAGAGAGCACGUAGAUAAAAAGGAUGUGGCUACUUUUUGCUGCGAACAUGUUCGUUUCCUGGCCACCGGGCGAUUUUCCAAAGUCCGGCAACUAUUCGAUGAUGAAAAUCUUAACGCCAUUGCAACAGGCUUGGGAAACGGAUCCAUACACAGCACAAUAGACAACCCAAUUUUACCCGAGCAAGAACAAAUAACUGUGAAAAGAUAUACAUUUGAGGAUUUUGAUGACCUGUUGGAAGCAGCGUGCGAUCGAGUUGAACCAUCACUAGCAUUUGUGGCUGCGAUUGAAUACCUCCGUCACUGCCACUCGAAUAUAGAAAGAAUCCUGCGUCUUUUGGAAAAAACCAUAACCCGAUGCACCGACCGCGCACCUCGUAUCACUACAGCUGCGGCAGCUUUGUCCCAAGUUUUCCAGCAUUACAAGGACUUGUCGCCUUGCAUUGGUUUUUUACAGCGUAUGUGGGUUUUGGAUAUGAACGAUAUGCACAAUGUAUCAAAAGCGAGUUUAACAUCACUAGUAUUACAAAUGCACACAAGUGUCAUCUGUGGCAAGGCAAGUUUCGAAGAUCGUGAUGCAGGCGUUCACUUGGCUAAUCUUCUGUGCUGCUGGAAGAACGACGUAUUAUCCUGGGUUUCGCGCAUAUGCGUUUACAGCAGUCAAACUACACUAUGCACUCUGGAUACAACACCUCUGGAUGAGGCACUGUGUUGCUUUUGGUUACUGACGGAUGAUCGCAGUGUGAUGCCGCAGGUAUAUUCUUUACAGUGCCUGGUAUCCAUGCAUAUUAAGGUGACCUAUGUGCUGGUGAGCAACGACGUCGACGCGCAAUUUAAUUUAUGUGAUAUGGUAUCAAAAUUGUGUGCACGGGUUGAUACGAUGGUGGAAAAGUCUGGCUACCUUCUGGCGUCACCUCCCGACGAUAUCAUAAUGACGUUGCUACGAUGUUGUUCUCUUAAGCCACUGAGUGAAUGUGCUUUAAAGACGAUACAAACUUUCAUGCAGUUACUGCCCGAUGACGGCCAAGUUGACCUCUUUUGCCGCGUUUCCUCCCGAUGUUCCACCGACGCCUCGUUGGCCACAUGUCUACGGACGCUCGGCCCUCACCUCCUAAGUAUCACACCGAGGCUUCAAAUGAGCAUUAUAAUGGCAUUAAAGAGUUUGUUGAAACGUAUAAUACCAGAUGUGUGCAAGUUCCACGAAUCCUUGGAUUGCAUUUUGACUUGGAUAGAGUCGCUGCACCCGUUGGUUGAGGCUGACUCUCAAGGAUCCAAGUUGUCAUUGGAUAUACACCAUGCACUCACACAACUGAUUGUAGAUGGCGACUUGAGCGCCGAACACAACGCUCGUCUUCUCACCGUCAUAGAACCGCAGCGCAGUUGUAAGCGAUUAUUGCAAUACUACGGUCAGGUGGUUAAGGCACAUCACCACUUGGUUGAGAUUUGCGGAGAUGAUGUUGACUUUUUGUCUAAUGUAUGUGGUCUUGGGUCCGUAUGUGACGAGAAAGUUGAAGAUGAACAUUACCUAUUGGCGGUGAUAGUUUCCAGAUGCAUAUUGGUACAAACGGAACCAACAAACGUAAGAAAUGUUGUCGAUGUUCGUAAAGAAGUGCAUAAUACGCUCAACUGCAACUUGCGAAGCACUACGGGUGAACAGUGUAAGAGAAAAGGUCAUUGUUUUAUGAACCUCCAAAGAGACUCUCUGAUAACGGGCGUAUCAUUGGCGCACCGCAUACGUAACCCGGGCAUAUUCUUGCGAUCUGCCAUUUUUGAGAGCAUAUCUAAAUUUGCAGGCAGGGAAGUGAUACAUGGCAUUUUGCACAACCGUCGUGUGUUAGUACCUGAUUAUAUAUUCAAGUUCAGCCGCGAUGUUGGAUGUUCCUUGUUGUUGGGUGAAAAUGCAACACCCGAAGAGCUCAAAAUCAUACGUAGCUUCUUAAGGGACGUUGUUAUAAGAAUGGAUUCUAUAUAUAUACGCCAAGAUACUGGCAAUUUGGUGUCAAGGCCCUUUGUUUUUAUUCAGUUGACUGGUACCGUUAUGUACAAUGACAAUUUCUGCGUAUCAAUGGCUAAAGGAACUUGGUCACAUAUAACGCUUUCUAGGAAUUUGAUGCUGUAUAAGGACUCGUUUAAUGGCAAAUUUGGAUUCGGGCGGGCAAGCCUUCUGGAGGCAGUCGUGGAGUUGUUUACAAGACAUGGUCGGGAGAGCAAUUCAACGGAUUUGCGCAGCAACGAAGAUGCGUUUCAGCUGAAUUACAGUACUAAAAAUAAUCACAUACGGACUUUAUUUAACCCCGCAAAGAAUAAUCGGCCGUUUAUAGCGUCGAAUGCAAAUGAUCGGUUCUACGUACCAUUGGAAAACAACACCAUUCAUAGUUCAGUAGUGUGGAAACUGUUCCAUUUUGUUUUGUUCGACAAAGGUUUCGUGCAUAGCCAAUUAAAAGAAAGGUACAAUAGGGUCCGGAAUUUCAUAGGAAACCUGACAACUGUUCAUCGUGAGACGGUAAAACGUCAUAGGGGUUUAAUGAGCAGCAUUUAUCCACAUUUUAAGAAAUUGCUCUAUAAUAUAAGAUGUUUAGACCUACGCGGAGAGUAUUGGUCGUAUUUUGGUGACCAAACGAUUAGCGACUCCGAGAAGAACUCCGGAAUUGAUCACAAUCGUGUUAUUAGUUUUGUCCAUAAGGUUGUAGAGAGAGUUGUACCGCGAAGUCUCUUGGGUUGCGAAGAAAACUUCGCACGUUUGAAAGACGUUUGUAGAAGUAUUGUGGUUUUGAACAAAGGUGAAAAUUUGGAUAUGUCACAAGUCAUGCAGGGAUUUAAGGCUACUGGCUGCCCAUGGUACGGUGACAAAAGCGUUAGGCUUAGCCGGAGUAAAGUGCGCACGAUUCUAGAAUACAUAUGCAGACUCGUUUUCCUCAUAUUAGAACAUAUGGUGAUACCGUUGCUGCGGAGGCAUUUUUACGUCACGGAAGCAGAUUUCUCAAUGUACCGUCUGCUUUACUUCAGAAAGGCUGACUGGCACCGCAUGGUUAUGCUAGCUAACGAAGCAUACACAUCUGAUCCAGGCUCUAUUCCGCACGAAAGGGGCCAUCGUAGGGAACGAAUGUCGGCGGCGCUUGAAGACAUGACACGUCCGGUAACGGUUUCAGAUCCCGACUUAUCUAGGUAUGGCGCACUUGGUGGUUGUAUCAGAGUUCGUUGGAUACCUAAACUUUCUGGAAUGCGCCCCAUUAUGAAUUGCAAUACUGCUAAUGUAACUAGGUUUGGUAAAUAUACAAACUGUUCCGUCAAUAGUAUGAUGCGUAUGCCUUUCCAGGCACUUACAGCGCACAUACGUAUGAACCCACGUUUUUUGGGGCAUGGAAUAUUGGGUUACACCGGUGUGUUCCGUUCGAUAAAACAGUGGUGGGCACGGUUUAUGAGGAUGAUGCGCCACUCCACUCCCCGCAAAAACUUUGUGACGUUGUAUGUUACAUUGGCUGACCUUUCCCGUUGUUACGAGCACAUCAAGCAUGGUUAUCUUUUGAGGUUGCUAAGUAGCAUGAAGAUACAAGGCAAUUUACUCUUCAAACACAUCUAUCGGCGCAACUUGAUUCAUGUGGCGUCAUUCCCCAAUUCGUACGGAAAACGCGUAACCUAUUUAUCCAAUGACUCUUCUUCCCUUUCUCCACCCCAAAUUUGGUCUCUAUUGUCGUGUAGUUUUGGCCAGUUUUCCAUUUAUUCACGUUACGUGAACCGUGACCUCUCGCAACAUGUAUCUAAAUCAGAUAUAGUUGCAGCUGUAAAAAUGCUCUUGUCGCGUUGUAGCACUUCCCUUCCUAAAUGCAGCCCAAGUCAACUAUUUCACAAAAACGUGGGAAUACCCCAGGGGUGUUGUAUAUCCCCUUUGCUUUGUAGUCUGUACCUAGCUCAAGGAGACUUGCACGGUAGUGUACGGAAACUGGUAGGAACUAAUAGUGCAAACUUGUUGUUGCGUUGGAUCGAUGAUUUUAUUUUCAUCUCUAAUGGUGAAGAAGACACGGUAGAGAUGUUAAAAAUCCUCAGAGAUACAUCAGUUUUUGGAAUGGCAAUCAACGAUAAGUUGUUCACAAUGCGCUUGGACCUUCCAGUUUCGAGAAAUUCAACCAAAUUAACACAUCAUACAAGUAGUUCAAACGUUGAAGUUGUCGAUGGGUUCCGUAAACCGUUUGAUAAUACCGUGAGCCGCAUGAGUACCAGAGCAGAAAGCUGCACAGGACUUCGUGAUUCAGUCGACACAAAUGGGGAGGCUUUAUUAUCGUGGAUAAACUGUUCCUUUGACUUCGAUCUGGUAAGAGGACGUUUAAAUGCCACCUUGAUACCGUGGAAAAACGAGCUUUGCAGUAUAAGGGAUUCACUAAAGCUUUCAAAGAAGCCUUUUACCACACCAAUGUUCGCCUAUAUAGAGCAGCGUGUUUUGGGGUACAUUGCUAACCGUUUGAAACAUGGCUUGUUCACUAACGUGGAACUGAAUACGCAGCGUUGCAUACUGCAGAAUUCUUACGUUGUUAUGCGCAUCGCUACGAUGAAGGCGUUUAGUUUCGCAUCCGCUCUACUUGGGGAAUUUCGCGGAUUCAUGAACCCUAAGUACAUUGGCAAAUUAACACACAAGAUGGUAGACUACGCACUUGAGCUGAUAUCACUGGGGGGUCUGGAUAUCCGAAAUACCAGGUUGCGUGAUUUAUUACAACUCGCUGUAAUUAACACGUUUUCGUCAACUUGGCACCGACGUCUAAGAAGGAGAUAUAGCCGUAGAAAUAUCGCAUUUUCACGUGCUAUUGAGAGACUGUUCAAGGGGAAAUGGCCCUCAUAUGGGCAUGCUUCUCCAGGUUGA